AUGUCGGAUCCAAAUGAUUGUACCUGGAGUGGUCGUUGGAUGGGAGCAACAACCGCGCACAACGCUUACUGUAGAUACGAUAAUAACAUCGGGAGAUGUGGUGGAAUCACAUGCUCCAUAAAUCAUCAUGAAUACAAGGUAAGAAUAUCCAAAGCUUUAUCGAAUAGUAACAUUGCAUCUAAUAACAUUACACUAGGGUAAUCACAGCUGAUAAAAAAUAUUCUAAAAACGAAUAAAUUAUUUUAGGCAAUUGACAGAACAGAAAUCGAUGGAGAGCAAUGCGACAAACUCAGAUUGUUCAACAUGACCGGACACGCUACCUGUGGAUUCAUUGCCUGGGCUGAUUCUGAAGGAAAUGCCAUCAACAGCUGGUAUAAAACAAGAUAA